AUGGCAGCGUCAUCUCAACUGCUCCACCACCUCUUCCGCCCACCUCAAUCGCAGCCACCACCUCUUCCCUCUUCCUGCUUUUCUCUUUUUCUCAGAUUCAAACCCCUCUUCCGCUCAAUAGCCUCCACCAUAACCAUUACAACCACACUAUCCAAAUCCUCCCUCCCCCAAAUCCCACUCCACAGUAUAACUCAUUUCACUAAUUUUCUUCCAACUCCUCUAUUCUCACAAUCUUUUGCCACCCUCACUCCCUCCCCUUUUCUUACUCUUAGUGCAUCUUCAGCCUUUCAAGGAGAAACAACAAAAGAAGAUGAUGAUGAAGAGGAUUUUGACAACGGGAUUGAAGAAUAUGACGAUGAGGUUGAGAGUGGAAGUGAAGACCCAGAAUUGGGACGGACUGAUGGAGAGACUUCCCAAAUGAUGAUUGUGAGUUUUUCAUCUUCGUCGCCUUUGAAAUUGCUGCGUCUCAGUGUGAAUGAGAAGAAUGAGCUAGCCUCGUAUGCAUACAACUUGGGGAAGAAGCUCAAGUCUCAAUUGGUGGGCAAGUCUGGUGUUACUGCUAACGUUGCUACGUCAUUCAUUGAGACCCUUGAAGCCAAUGAACUUCUAAAGGUACCCAUUAAUUAA